AUGGCUUCUUCAGCUUUAGCGAAUUUCCUAUCUAUUUUCACACCAUUAAAAGCUCCAACACAACCGUCCAAAGCUCCACCGUCGCACCUCUCUCUCUCCAACGAUUCCUCAUCGAAGCACAAAGAUGCGUUUGCCCCAUUGGUCAUCGUGGAGGACAACGAGCCGGAGGAGAAGCUACUAGGACGAUUCCGUAGAGAGGUUAUGAAGGCUGGCGUCAUCCAGGAAUGUAAGCGUCGCAGGUACUUCGAGAACAAACAAGAAGAGAAAAAACGCAAGACUCGCGAGGCUGCAAAGCGCAAUCGGCGCAGACGCACGCCUUUUAGAAACCCAAACGAUGAUAAGGUGGAAAGUGUGAACAAGAAGAGGGAAGAUGACGAUGAUAACUGGGACAUGCCUAGUGAUAGCCCUCUAAAUUAAGUUGCUCCUAUAAUGUUAUGUAUGUAACUUGUACGGCAGUAUUUGUGUAGAAAUUGAUGUUCAUGGAUCGUGUUAUUUUUGAUUUAGCGUGUAUGAGAAAAUGCUAAACACAUGUUUUGUUAAAUGUUACAAGAGACUAAUCAUAUUUGUUUUAUACAUG